GUUAAAAUGAUCACUUCUCAUGAAGCCAAAGGUAUUCAGACAUACUUUGAGCAAUGUAGUAGAGGCUUUGAUGUUUUGCCAGGUAAGACUCGUCAGAUUUAACGUCCGGUAAUCAGCAGAUCAAACUUUUAAUGGCAACAAUUCGAAAGCCUUCACGCGAUGGCCAUUUUAUUGACAUCUGUCAUUAUUAGCUGUACGAAGGGACUCGACAAAAGCACUGAUUGUCUUUUUUUCGUCGAAUGCUUUCAGUCAAAUCUACUAUUGUUGUUUGUAGUUGUGUCUUGCUUGGUUCUGACAAAACUCUUAAGUGUUUUCAAGCUGUUUAUCGAUAUGUUUUGCAUUAUCCAUCAUUUCUACUCGCAUCAAAGUGAUAUCCAUGGGCCUCGUUAUAAAUGAUAUCCUUAUUUCGAAAACGUACACCCUGUUAACAUGAAGCACUUGAAAGUAGCGUGCAAAAUCAAGAAAAAGAGUCGAGUAGAAACCAAACUGGUUAAAAGGUUACUUUUACUUAUUUAUUGAAAGGUCUAAACAUGUCAACUGGUGAUGUACGCCUAUUCUGCUGGGUGUAUGAAUUUGGUCAUGAAAGUUACGGUUCAAAAAUUUUUGGUCGUGGUUGGGAAAAUAAAUUGGUUCGCAAUUUAUGAGUCGAUAAAUUAGUUCAUUAUUGUUGGUCUUCCUUAAUCAUUUUCGCCUGUAGUCUAUUUGAGGCGGCCUAGGGAAGAAACUUGCCACUCCGCGGACGAGCAAAACUAAUUAUGACUAAGCAAUGUCAUUUUCUGUAAAACACAUUGAUUCGCCAUUCCAAGUGGGUAAGCGGUUAUCUACUGGCAGUUACAUGCCGGAAGGUCACGUCGCAUAGGAAGAAGAAAGUGCAUCAAAUAAUCAUGUCUUGAAAUCUUCAUGCUCUUCAUUUGCACUGUGGGGUAUCAGACAGAAUUUUUGAAUAUGACGAUAGUUAGAAAGAAAAACGUGCCAGUUUCUUUGUCACUGGCUGUGAUAAUUAACUCAAGCCGUUCCAUAAAGUUAAUUGAGCUUAUUUAGCCAAUGUUAUAGCUCAACUGUGACAAAAACCACACAGAGGAAGUUGAACCUCUAGUUGUGCGUGUGUGUGUGCGUAUUUUUUUUAUUUUUGUUUGUUUAUUCCUUCUGUUUUCUAGGCUUUGAUUUCUAAAAAGGCGAGAUGAUUAUCAGAGGCUUUGUUUUGUUACUAUUCGUUGCAUUAAUAUCGUCUUUGGUCAAGGAACAUGGAAGAAGCGAUGGGAGUAAGCACGAAUUCGAAGGUAACUCGUUACCCUUGCUAGUAAUAUCAUCAUAAAACUCACAACAUCGUCACUGCUAUCAUCAUAAAGUCUUCGUCAUCAGGACCCUAAAGGAAAACAUAACGGUAACGGAAGUGACGUUCGUUUUUAAACAAAAGAUUUGAUAGACAGCAGAGUAGCUUUACACGAGGAUUUUACAACUUUUUCGCGAAAAAAUGGCAACCUCGGCAAAAAUCAUUCCAGGCUUUAUUUUACGAGUUAUUCUGGAGAGUAUUAUUGUUGCCGCACGAGAAUUUUAAGACUCCUAAGCAUCUCUCGAAAAUCAAGACAGUUCUAAGUUCAAUUCUCCCUGAUGACCUUGAUUUUGUCAUCGAGUUGGCUCAAUUAACUGAAAUGGAUGUAUUUUAAUUUUUCAAGACUCAGCUUUCUCAAGCAAGACCAUACCAAGGGAGAUUCACCACUGGAUCAGAUUUGACGGAGAUUGGUAUAACUGUCACUUGGAACGUAGUAUUGAUUCGCAUGGUGUGUUCUGUAGCUGCCCGUUUCUGGCAUGCACGGGAUACCCACAUUGCUUCGGCUUAAAGCAUUGUAAAAUAUCCAAGAGAUACGAUUAUUUAAACAUCAAGAAGGAAGAGUGUAAAUGCCGCAGAUUUUACUAAACGCGUGAAACAUGGAGAAAACUGUUGAAAACAGAAAGACCAAUAUGAAAUAAGUGCAG